UAUUUUAUUUUAUUUGUUCAAAUUGAAUUCUAAGUCUAAUUCUAAUUUAUUUAUUCCCUUUUCUCUCCUCCAUUUAUUUAUCCCAAAUUCCGGUCCUUCACCUUCCUCCCCAUUUGCUCCAUUUCCCGCGUUCUCCGCUCACAAUUGUACCUCAAUCCGCCGUCGCAGCCGAAUAUCACCUCCCUCUUGGAUUCUCCGCUACCGGUGGCGGUUAGAGGGCAACACACGGUUUCGAGGCGUUUGAUUUUAGGGUUUGACGAAGGAUACAACUCAGAUAAUUCAAUGAGCUUUCAAGAUCUUGAAGCGGGCAGGGGAGCGGGGACCCGGAGAGGGUUUGUAAAUGGAAAGCAGGACCCGACCCAGGCGGUGGCCUCCGGUAUAUUUCAGAUCAACACGGCGGUUUCCACCUUCCAGCGCCUCGUUAAUGCCAUCGGCACUCCCAAGGACACGCCUGAGCUCCGGGAAAAGCUGCAUAAAACUCGGCUACAUAUUGGACAGUUGGUGAAGGAUACCUCAGCUAAACUUAAGCAAGCCAGUGAAACAGACCAUCGUGCUGAAAUCAGCACAAACAAGAAAAUAACAGAUGCUAAACUCGCAAAAGAUUUUCAAGCUGUUCUAAAGGAGUUCCAGAAGGCACAGCGGCUAGCGGCUGAGAGGGAGACAUCAUAUACUCCUUUUGUCCCUCAGGCAGUACUUCCCUCUAGCUACACUGCUUCUGAAAUUGAUGUGAGUUUAGAUAAGACUCCAGAACAGCGUGCUCUCCUUGUUGAAUCUAGAAGACAGGAGGUUUUGCUGUUGGACAAUGAGAUUGCCUUCAAUGAGGCCAUUAUAGAUGAAAGAGAGCAGGGUAUACAAGAGAUACAACAACAAAUUGGUGAAGUGAAUGAGAUUUUCAAGGAUCUUGCUGUACUGGUUCACGAGCAAGGAACUAUGAUAGAUGACAUUGGCUCCAACAUUGAGGGUGCUCAUGCUGCAACUGCUCAAGGAAAAUCCCAGUUGGUCAAAGCAGCUAAAACCCAGCGGUCAAAUUCAUCUCUGACUUGCCUACUGCUAGUGAUAUUCGGCAUCGUUCUUCUCAUAGUGAUUAUAUUUCUUCAUUUCCCCGAAUUCUCUGCCGUAGUUGUUCCCCAAUCCGCCACCGCCGAAAUAGCAUAUCGUAUCUCGUUUGGAUUUUCUCUUCUAUCGGUGGAUCUUGAAGCGGGUAGAGGAGCCGGAGUCCGGAGGGGGUUUGUAAAUGGAAAGCAGGACCCGACCCAUGCGGUGGCCUCCGGCAUAUUUCAGAUCACCACGGCGGUUUCUACUUUCCAGCGCCUUGUCAACGCCCUCGGGACGCCCAAGGACACGCCUGAGCUCCGUGAAAAGCUGCAUAAAACUCGGCUACAUAUAGGACAGUUGGUGAAGGAUACCUCAGCUAAACUUAAGCAAGCUAGUGAAACAGAUCAUCAUGCUGAAGUCAGUACAAAUAAGAAAAUAACGGAUGCUAAACUCGCAAAAGAUUUUCAAUCAGUUCUAAAGGAGUUCCAGAAGGCGCAACGGCUCGCAGCUGAGAGGGAGACAUUGUAUACUCCUUUUGCCCCUCAAGCAGUACUUCCCUCUAGCUACACAGCUGAAGAAAUAGAUGCAAGUUCAGAUAAGACUCCAGAACAGCGCGCACUUCUUGUUGAAUCUAGAAGGCAUGUGAUACAGGAGGUUUUGCUAUUGGACAAUGAGAUUGCCUUCAAUGAGGCCAUUAUAGAAGAACGAGAGCAGGGAAUACAAGAGAUACAACAACAAAUUGGUGAAGUGAAUGAGAUUUUCAAGGAUCUUGCGGUACUUGUUCACGAGCAAGGAACUAUGAUAGAUGACAUUGGCUCCAAUAUUGAGGGCGCUCAUGCUGCAACUGCUCAGGGAAAAUCCCAGUUGGUCAAAGCAGCUAAAACCCAGCGGUCAAAUUCAUCUCUGACUUGCUUACUGCUUGUGAUCUUCGGCGUAGUUCUUCUGAUAGUGAUUAUAGUACUUGCUGCGUGAUCAAGGAACUUCCAACAGAUGUUAAGGAUAAAAGAUGAUGCCGAAAGUGUGUGUGUUACUUGUUGGAUCAAACAGUGCAUGACAAAAAUCUAUAUAUAUCAUGUGGGAGAUUGUUUAUUUCAUUUGUAAAUUCUAAUGUGUUUGGUAUUGGUGUGAAGUGUGCUGCUUGUCUCUUUUAAGUAUAUGUGCUCAUUUCAUUUGUAAGUUCUGAUGUGUUUGGUAUUGGUGUGAAGUGUCUGCUCCUCUUUUUAGUAUAUGUUCUAAUGAAGAUGGUAACGGCUUUUUAUCUGUAUCAAUCUUUAUUGACAUUUUGCCAGAAAAUUGCUUCUGCAAUUUGUCCCUGGGCUACAUCUAUUCCAUCUGUUA